UACGUCAACAUGGCGGACGCGAUCGAAAAUGAGUCUGCCGAGACUCUUUUAUCAAUUAAGAACGGAGGACUUUCCACCAUUGAGAUUAAAAGUGAAAUAAUCGAAGAAGAGAUGAAUAUCAUAGAUGAUCAUCGAAUUUCCAAUAAUAACUCGAUGGACUCGCAGAUGGAUACAGAGGAAUCGGAGCCAAUGCAGGAGUUGGGCCCGGCUGCAUUAGGGCUACAAAGAGUCGGCACUAAACCUCCCCCAAAGCCAAAUCCACCGCAACCUGUCCAAGUACUAAAUCGUAGAGGAAUGCCCGCUAGAAUAAGAAAAAAAAAUAAAUUAUUUUAUGACGAUAUUUUAGUUAAUCAUCCACAUCACAGAGUGAAAAAGGAUCCAGAUUCUUUAUCGAUGAAGCCAUCACCAAAGAAAAUUUCACGUCUCUCGCCUCUGAAAAAACAACCAAAAAUCUUUCAUUCCGAACCUAAACGAUCGGUUUCAACACCAACUACUCCUGUAACAAAACCAAUAAAAAUAGAAAAGCCACAAACAGUUGAGAAACAACCACAAGCACCAUCUUCACCAGAUAGAAAAAUCGGUCAGAAAAUUGGUAUGAGGCUUAGAAAUUUAUUAAAAUUACCCAAAGCCCACAAAUGGGUAUGUUACGAAUGGUUUUAUAGCAACAUUGACAAAACUCUUUUUGAGGGUGACAACGAUUUCAUGAUAUGCUUAAAAGAAUCAUUUCCACAAUUGAAAAGUCGUAAGCUGACUCGAGUUGAAUGGUGCAAAAUUCGGCGAAUGAUGGGCAAACCAAGAAGAUGUUCACAGGCGUUCUUUGAAGAAGAAAGACGGGAGCUUGAAAGAAAACGGCAGAAAAUUCGAAUACUUCAACAAAGAAAAGCAGCUGAUGUUCAAAUUUUCAAAGAUUUGCCCCCUGAAAUUCCAUUACAGUUAGUUAUUGGAACAAAAGUUACGGCAAGAUUGAGAAAACCACAGGAUGGACUUUUCACUGGAAGUAUCGAUGCUGUUGAUACAAGUAAUAAUACUUACAGAAUUACUUUUGAAAGGGCUGGAUUAGGAACGCAUAGCGUACCAGACUAUGAAGUUUUAUCAAAUGAGCCUCCGGAAACAAUAAGCGUUGCAUCAUUUACCCAUAAAUUCAGGCCAAGACACGUGCAAUAUGUACCUUCGCCAGCGUACGCGAUGAAACUGGCAUCACCAAGACUGAAUAAUGAUCCCCUGAUAUCAAAUGCUAAUAUAUCGAAAAAGUCACAUUUGGGAGGUACAAUGAACGGUUACCCCUUAAAAUUAUUAGAAAAUAUGGUAAAAGUAAACAAAAUCUUAGUUAUUAAAAAAAUUAAAAUUAAGAAACUAAAAGACAUGAAUACCGAAGCAGAAAAACGAAGAUCGAUUGGAGAAACUUUACCAUCAGAUUUCGAAAGAAAAUAUGCAGGAAUUGUAGUAGAAUUAGAGAAAAUGAACACUGAUCUUCAAGAUAUGUUAAACGACGUUCAAGAUAUGUGUCACGAAAUCGCACCCGAACCAAGUGUAGCGGCAAUGUUGGCACCUUCGCAUCUUAGGGAAAAAUGUCGACAAGAAGCUGCUGAUAUGGUUGCAAAGAAUAACAUGAUUAAUGAUAAUGCACCCACGAAUAUGAAUCAGCUUGUUACAGAUCUUACAGCAUUAAUGUUGCAAGUCAAAUGUUUGUCAGAUUCGGAUAGGAAUGCAUAUGAAUUAAAAGUUUUACAAGGAACAAUGGAGCAAAUUAGAUCAAAACUUACACCACAAAAUCAACAAGUUUUUCAAAAUUGUGUUGAAAUUCACAUGCAACAUAUACAAUUGGGGUUGGGACAAAUAGGUGCGUUAACGCCAUUUAUGGUGCAAAAAAUUUAUCAAUGAAUUUUUUAAAAUUUGUAAUUGUAUUGAAAAUUAGAGUCAAAGAACGUUAUGAAGAUUCAUGCUAAUAAUGGCUUAUUGUCAAGAACAUGCUAUUUCUUUAAA